GUGGUUAUCCCUGCUCUGAGCUCGACGAGGACGGUCGGCAAGAUGGCGGCGAACGAACCAAAGGACAACAAACCUCCCAAAGCGGGAGGGAAAGGCGGCCAGCCAUUGGUCAUCGCUAAAACCCUCGCCGAAGCGCAACGUCUAAAGUUGGACAGGCUGAUGCGGAACCCCGACAAACCUGCCCCCAUCCCCGACCGACACAAACAAUGGACCCCGCGGGCUCCCCCGGAGUUCGUCCGGGACGUGAUGGGCUCCAGCGCCGGCGCGGGCAGCGGCGAGUUCCACGUCUAUCGCCACCUCCGACGCCGGGAGUACCAGCGGCAAGACUACCUGGACAAGACGUCCGCCAGGUACAACAAAGAACAAGCUUAUCUGGACAAGGUGGAGCAGAACCGAGUCGACGCCGAGGAGAGGACGGCCAAGCGGCGGAAGAAGCGCGAGAAACUGAAGCUGAAGAAGCUGACGGCGAAGAAAGCCAAGCAGGACUCGAAAGACGACCAAGAGGAGGCAAAGAGCAGCUCGUCCAGCAGCGAGGAGGAGGAGCAGGAGGACGAGAAAGAAGCCGAGGACGACGCCGAGGUUCCGAGCUUCAUCAUGGGGAAGAAGUAACUCAAUGACGGGUGGAUAAAGUGUCUUAAAGAUGCACCGCCAUUGUUGGGGCAUCAUGGACAUCGACGCCUUGAAGGUACUCAUGUAAAUAUAACUUCCAAGCGAGUUUGUCUCGUUACAAGCAACUAUUUCAAUUGGCCGACUUGAUUACUUUUUUUCUACUUUUUUCUGCGCUUUAGUCAGUUUUAAUAAAGCGUCGGAGGAGCUUUGCCUUGG